AAGCGCAGCAGUGACUCUCUUUACCAACAUCUUGCAGAUUUAUAUUGACAUGUCGAGAGAGAAAAAAUAUUCAUGGUAAAGGUUUUUGUGUUCUUCCAAAUGUUUUCAAAUUUGAAAAAUUAUUAGAUGAAGUGAUAUGUAUUUAUUAGAUGUGAGGUUAUCUGUGCUGUACAGAGUAAUUCUGACAUCUCUUGCUAAAUGAGCUGCUCUGGUUUCAAAUCCCACUGUUUGUGUUGGCAUCUGGUUUUAAUGCAAAGUACAUGUCUGCAAGUGUCUGUCCAGUUUUGUGUUUUUGGAUGAGCCUUUCAAAGGCACUUAACACAAGAAAACUGAUAAUGCGUGAUGACCGUGCGAUCAGUGUCAGAUAAGUUUCAUGUGGUAUCAGAAGACCAAAAAAAAAGAAGAAAAAGAGGCUUGAAAUUGUUGCUGUAUGUUCUGGUCGUUCUUUCAUUUAUAUGCAUGAAAUGAACAGAGAAUGGGCCAUGUUCACGUGCACAGUGGUUCAACUUGAGAAGCAAAUGGUUUGCGUUGUUCGUGUUGUUUGUGUGUUUGUGUGAGUGUGUGUGUGUGUGUGUCAUGAGCGGGCGUGAAGCAGGUUUUUACUGAUACACAGGUCAUAUGCUUUAUAUGCAGGCGUGGAUGGCCGCAGAGCAGCGGCUCGUCAGUGCUUGGUUAGGAAGCUUUUCCUCUUCCACUAUUUUCUUUUUCGACCAUUUGAAUAGGAUCAAUGGUCAAUACAACCCACUACCUAUUUGUAGUUCUCUCAUUGAUGUCUUUAUUAGAAUUCAAACUCAGACAACAUAUUGAUGUCACUGAGGGUCAGAAACAGUCUUUUGUUUCUGGAAAAUCAGUAUUUUCUCAGGGCUGGAUUUUCAUAUUCACUUUCUGUUUCAGAGCAGCAUAAUUUUUUUCCCUCACAUGCAGGAAAGCCUCACCCACACAAGUUUGGCCUCAUGCAGUAAACAAGUUAGUUGAUUGGUUUUGCUUUAUAUACUGUGAUUUAAUAAGGAAAACACCAACGUAAGCCAGUCCGACCAGUGUUGGUGGUACCAGUGCCAUGCUUUCCAUUGGUUCCUGUUUACAUGAUGCCCACAGGACACGCGGUGAUUGGUGGCGCUUCACACGUGACCAGGCAACUUUGUACAUUUGACAGGGAGUAGGAGGGUUUUGUGGAGAUCAGAAAAACGACAGCGCGAUAAAAAUUAGUAUUGUUGCACUUCACAAAUUAAUGACCAUGAGUUCCUACUUGAUAAACUCCAACUAUAUCGAGCCUUCCUUUCCUCCAUGCGACGAAUAUCAGCAGAGCGGAUACAUCCCCAACCCUGGUGAUUACUACGAGCGGCCAAAAGAUACGGGCUUCCCCCAUCACGACGAACCAUCCUAUCCGAGGUCAAACUACACGGAAUCGGGCUACGAUUACGGUAACGUCCCCGCCACCGGACUCGAUGAUUUCGGCGAUGGGCAUCACGCACAGCCGCAGCCGGUUCCACAGAGCCACGGUCCUCGCCUCACCGCGGCCCCAGACGGUGGCGCAGGGGCAAAUGCCAGUAAAGACUGCAGCCUUGCCAGUGAGGUAUAUCCCGGCGUAGCGAAGGGCAAGGAGCCGGUGGUCUAUCCUUGGAUGAAAAAGGUCCACGUUAGCACCGUCAGUGCCAGUUACAAUGGAGGAGUGCCCAAGAGGUCCCGCACUGCCUACACCCGCCAGCAGGCUCUGGAGCUGGAGAAGGAGUUCCACUUCAACCGGUACCUGACCCGGCGCAGGCGGGUGGAGAUUGCACAUACCAUGUGUCUGUCCGAGCGCCAGGUCAAGAUCUGGUUUCAGAACCGGAGGAUGAAGUGGAAGAAGGAGCACAAGCUUCCCAACACCAAGAUCCGCUCCUCCAGCUCGGCCUCGUCCUCAGCCUCGGGGGCCCAGCAGCAGCAGCAGCAGCAGCAGAUCAAAACAGGCCAGCAGCUUGUCCCCACGCCGUGCACCGCAGGUCUAUAGUGCAUGAACGAACCCCAACCCCAUAAAAACCCCAAUCCAGACUGAGAUGGCAAAUAACACAAGUGGAAUUUGUUGGACCGAUUCUCAGUAUUUUACACACAUGGUGUUCUCUCUUUCACCUUGCCUCUGCCAUUGGGCCCCUGUCACGUCCUUUGUACCCUUUCCCUCUCCGGUCGUCCUCGCCCUCUUCAUAUAAGCUUGAAAUUCACCUCUAAUUGCCACGGUGGCAACUGAAGUGUUUAUAUAUUUGUUUAUUAUUAUGAAAGAAGGAUUACGCACACUCAAAACGUAGGACUUGGAUCAAAAUGUAUCAUUACAGUUAAAAUUGAGUGAGGUAAAAGUAAGUUUGAACUCAUUUUUCUAUGUUCUGUUUGAUUAUUGUUCUUCUGUUUUGUAUUAUUGCUCAUGGAAAGUUCUAAUAUACUUGAAAGAUAUUUAGCGAGACUCUAUAGAUGCCUGUGUAGAAAACCAGACGGCUGUUUUAGAGGUAUGGCAUCAGUCAGAAUAACAGUGUAGUUUGUGUGUUUGAGUGGGUUGGUUUACUGUUGAAUGUAGUCCAGGUGACUUUCACAUUUAAUGUACAUAGACAAAUCAUAAUGAAGGCACAAUAAGCAAAGCAUUUCGUCAAGUAGAAUUAUGUUCGUUGGUGUUGUAAGGUCUAGUUUUAUUUGUGCUAUAGUGCGUCCCAUGUUGUGCUGUGUUCUAAACUGUGAAUAUUUGUAUGUGGUGUCUCAGUAAUGACCGUUGUGAUGUAGGCUAGUGUAGGAUCAAAUUGUCCCUGUGAAAUAAAUAUGUACUUCACUUAUAAGGCU